AAGUGGCAUAGAAUACUUGGAGAGGUUAGUCUUUACACCGAGACUAUUGGUAAACAAUGAGGGCAUAUAGUAGUGCUUUUUUUUUUAUAUCAAGCACGUUGAAAAAGCGUGAACAUUGGGCUGGUUGCUAUGCCAACAGAUAUGCACAUUUUGGCAAUAGAUCUACAUAUAGAGUAGAAGGCACUCAUACAGCAAUAGACUACAUUGGGAAAGGUUUCUUCCGGUAAGAUAUCCACCAUAACUGCGAAGAUAGAC